AUGAGCCUACUGGGCCUUACGUCGGAAAUACUUGGUAUUCUUGAUACCCUCCAAACAGGCAUAUCGUCAGUGGCCUUCUCGCCAAAUGGCCAGUUACUAGUAUCCGGAUCUACAGAUAGAACGGUCCGUCUCUGGGAUACAGAGACGGGUGCCCUCCAGCAGAUACUCAAGGGUCAUUCGGGUAGGGUUUUGUCUGUCGUCUUCUCGCCCGAUGGCCGGUUGCUAUCAUCCGGCUCCGAAGACAACAUAAUUUGCCUCUGGGAGGUAGUGAAGGGUGCCCUCCAGCGAACUCUUACGGGCCACUCAAGUGGGAUCCGGUCAGUAGUCUUCUCGCCUAACGGCCGGCUGCUAGCAUCCGGCUCCGAAGAUAGGACAGUUCGUCUCUGGGAUACGGUAACGGGCAAACUCCAGAAAACUUUCAACGGCCAUUUAAAUGCUAUACAGUCAGUAAUCUUCUCGCCCAAUAGCUAUUUGGUGGUAUCUGGAUCUACCGAUAAAACGAUACGCCUCUGGGACACAGAGACGGGUGCACUCCAGCAAACCCUUGUUCAGUCAGGCGCGAUCCGGUCGGUAGCCUUCUCGCCCCACGACCAGCUGGUCGCGUCCGGCUCCAGGGAUAGUAUAGUGCGUUUUUGGGACCUAGCGACAGGAGCACCGCAGCAAACUUUUAACGGUCAUUCGGAUCGAAUUCAUUUGGUGGCCUUCUCUCCCGACGGCCGGCUGCUGGCGACUGGCUCACAUGAUCAGACAGUGCGCCUCUGGAACAUAGCGACGGGAGCGCUGCUACAGACUUUAAAUGUCAACGGACUUGUCCAAUACCUUGAAUUUGCCCCGGAUGGUUCAUAUAUAUGGACAAAUUUAGGCUCCCUUGAUGUUCAAUUCGGGUGGGAAAAUCAUGCACCUAAUUUGACCAAUGUGGAUUUGGAUAUCUUGGAAAGGCAGUGGAUACAGCUGAAUGGAAGUAAUAUUUAUUAUUUAUAG